GCCCUCGUUCUUUAAACACGUUCGGACAACAUUAUGAAUGUUAUCAUAUUUAUUUAUUUAUUUUCUCAACCAAAAACCUUAGCUCAUUCCCGAGUUUCAACGCAAUUCGCUUGGCUUCACUCUCUCUCUCUCUGUCUCUUAUUGUGGGUUAUUACUAUCUUGUCUUCCCUCUCUCUGUUAUUUAAUUUCCAUAAAUCAUGGACAACGCCGGCGGUGACUUUGACUAUCUUUCCGGCUUCGGAAACCACUUCUCCUCCGAGGCCCUCGCCGGAGCUCUCCCGCCGGCGCAGAAUAGCCCCCUCAUCUGCCCCUAUGGUCUCUACGCCGAGCAAAUUUCUGGCACCUCCUUUACCACCCCUCGCAACCUCAACCUCUUCAGUUGGUUUUAUCGGAUCAAACCUUCGGUGACGCACGAACCGUUCAAGCCUCGGGUUCCUUCUUCUGAUGGAAGAAUUUUGAGUGAGUUCAACCAGUCCAAUAGUUCUGCUAACCCAACUCAGCUUCGAUGGAAGCCCAUGGAUAUACCCGAUUCACCUAUGGAUUUCAUUGAUGGGUUAUUCACAAUUUGUGGUUCUGGCAGCUCCUUCUUGCGCCAUGGAUAUGCUAUUCACAUGUACACUGCCAACAAAUCAAUGGACAAUUGUGCCUUUUGCAAUGCUGAUGGUGACUUCUUGAUAGUUCCCCAACAAGGAAGACUCCUCAUCACUACUGAAUGUGGAAGAUUGAAAGUUUCCCCUGGUGAAAUUGCUAUAUUACCUCAAGGUUUUCGUUUUAAUGUGAAUCUGUCUGAUGGUCCGUCCCGUGGUUAUGUUGCUGAAAUUUUUGGUACUCAUUUUCAACUACCUGAUCUGGGACCAAUAGGUGCUAAUGGUCUUGCUGCCCCGAGGGAUUUCCUUUAUCCUACUGCAUGGUUUGAGGAUAAAUCAUAUCCUGGGUAUGUUAUAGUGCAGAAGUUUGGUGGUGAACUGUUUGCUGCAGUACAAGAUUUCUCUCCUUUCAAUGUUGUUGCUUGGCGUGGUAAUUAUGUUCCAUACAAGUAUGAUCUAAGCAAAUUCUGCCCUUACAAUACUGUUCUGUUCGAUCAUAGUGAUCCAUCAAUCAAUACUGUGUUGACAGCACCAACUGAUAAACCUGGAGUGGCAUUGCUUGAUUUUGUCAUUUUCCCACCCAGAUGGUUGGUUGCUGAGCAUACGUUCCGGCCUCCAUAUUAUCAUCGCAAUUGCAUGAGUGAAUUUAUGGGCCUCAUUCAUGGUGGCUAUGAGGCUAAGGCGGAUGGGUUUCUUCCAGGUGGUGCAAGUCUUCAUAACUGUAUGACUCCCCAUGGCCCUGAUACAAAGUCAUAUGAGGCAACCAUUGCACGUGGCAAUGAUGUAGGACCUCACAAGAUCACUGACACAAUGGCUUUUAUGUUUGAAUCGAGUUUGAUACCCCGUAUCAGUCGAUGGGCUCUCGAAUCACCAUUCUUGGAUCAUGAUUAUUACCAAUGUUGGAUUGGCCUUAGAUCUCAUUUUACAAUUACUGAGGCAUCUCCUGAAAACCCAACUUUGCAUAAUGGACAGUGAGGAGGUGUUGGCGACACAAGCACAAUUAGAACGUGAAAAUCUUUGAUUUUGUACAUUAAAAUAAAUGUAAUUAAAACAAAAUGCAAUAUGGGUGUUAAAAGUCAAUAUAAUAUAAACAAAUGGGUAUAGUUCAGUUAGCAAUACAAGCUAAGUGAGUGGGAAGGGUUGAUUUUCAUUAAAUACAUCUUUGAGGUGGAGUGGGGUGAUAAGUUUUAGAUGUGAUUAGAAUUGGUAUAAAAAAUAUAUAUAAUAUAUCAAUAACAUAAGCUAUUAAGAUUGGCUAUUGGUGAAUCAUAU